UCCUCCACGUAUAUAACAUUUAUUAUUUCACCAUACCCGGUUGAUGGAACUUGCUGGAAGAAAAAUGAUUCACCAUUAAACCGCACCACCAGCUUUUAUUUUCACACGUCCAACGUUUGUUUCCGGGUGAAGAGGACAGGAAAGAGGAAGUGAAACCACAGCGGGGAGGACACUGUUGAAUGAGAGACACCAACUUGUCUUUCCUCCUAGACUGCCUGACCUGCUGAAACCUCGACUGACAUGGCAGCCAAUGGAGCAAGCUGUGAGCAGCCACAGAAACGUGCAGGAGCCAAAGAGAAACAGAAUGGCAAGUCGAUAGACUCUUCAGUAAGAGAGAGGCGACAGAAAGAUAAGGAGGAUCGCCUGUCUCUGGUGGUAUGGAGGAGGCCUGUCACCACACUACAUUAUUUCCUCCUGGAGACUCUUAUCAAGCUAAAGGAAUGGACGUUUAAGCUUUGGCAACGACGAGGCACAGUGUUCUUAUUUUUGGUGUUAUGUUCUCUGUUUUCCAUCGCCUACUCCACUGAGGGAGCACACCAACAAUAUGUUAAUUACCUGGAGAAGAGGUUUCUAUGGUGUGCCUACUGGGUAGGCCUUGGGAUCCUGUCGUCAGUCGGCCUUGGGACCGGCCUGCACACAUUUCUUCUUUAUCUGGGUCCUCACAUAGCAUCAGUAACCCUGGCAGCAUACGAGUGCAGCUCCACAGACUUCCCAGAGCCUCCGUACCCAGACCAGAUUGUCUGUCCCCAGGGAGGAGGCGUUGAGGGAAGCAUCUCCCUCUUCUCAAUCAUGUCGAAGGUCCGCCUGGAGGCCUGCAUGUGGGGGGCGGGCACUGCCAUUGGAGAGCUUCCUCCAUAUUUCAUGGCCAGAGCGGCUCGUCAGUCUGGAGCUGAUCCAGAGGAUGAAGACUACGAGGAGUUUGAGGAGAUGCUGGAGCAGGCCGAGGGCUCUCAGGGUUUGGUCACGAGAGCAAAACUGGGAGUUCAGCAUAUGGUGCAGAAAGUGGGAUUCUUUGGGAUCUUGGCUUGUGCCUCUAUCCCUAAUCCUCUCUUCGACCUUGCUGGAAUCACUUGCGGUCAUUUCAUGGUUCCCUUCUGGACCUUCUUUGGAGCGACUCUGAUUGGGAAAGCCAUCAUCAAGAUGCACAUACAGAAACUAUUUGUUAUCAUCACCUUCAGCAAGCACAUAGUGGAGCAAAUGGUGUCACUCAUUGGGUCUGUGCCCAGAGUGGGACCAUCACUCCAGAAGCCCUUCAGUCACUACCUGGAAGCACAGAAGAACAAGCUGCACCAUGCUGGAGGAAGUGCACCAGCGGAUGAGAACUGGCUGUCGUGGGUGUUUGAGAAGGUGGUGCUGGUCAUGGUCUGCUACUUUGUCACUUCCAUCGUCAACUCCAUGGCUCAGAGCUACGCCAAGCGCCUGCAGCAGCAGAGGCACUCGGAGGAGAAAACCAAGUGAUGGCGAGACAAAGCAGUACAAACAUCCAAGUGACUGUGUUCCCGCUGCUGCUGAGAGCCCUCCGCUCAGCCACAGCCACUCACAACUUAACAACAAACCUCACCCCCAUCCAUUCUCAGAGGCUGACCACUGAAAAACCAAGCACUAUUUGUUAGUGUGUGUGCGCGUGCGUGUGAGUGUGCGCUUUUGAGGAUGUAUGUGCCGUUUACUGUUUGUCUCUCUUCAGGUUUUGUAGUUCUUCCUCUCAUCUCACUCUCUAGGUGUGUGUGUGUGUGUGUGUGUGUGUGUGGGUGUAGUGCGAUUGGUUCAAUUGCUGAUCUUAACAUGUUGCUUUAACGUUAAAUUAACCCAUUCAUUGACCUCAGAAGUAAAGCAGCGGUUUGGUGGGGACUGCUGUCUGUGCAGUGCCCAUCGGAUGCUAUGCCUUAUGCAAGACGGGAAGGUCUGACUUCCUUUGAAUAUAGUUCUUGACUUACUAACUUGAUUUAAUUUAAUUUUGUAACAUUUCUGUAUGUAUGGAUGGAUCUUGACUUGUUUGUACAGUGUGCUGCCAAGAUAACCGCUAUGGAUGGUGUUUUCUUUUCAGGGUUUAAAGUUCUAUCAUGUUUUUGUCCCGUUGAGACCAGUUUGUCUUUUUUUGUCGGUUUAAAAAUGAUGGAGGAAAAAAAAAAAAGCAAUAUCAACUUAAAGCAGUGUGGUAUUGAUGGUUUGCACAUUGUGUAAAUAUCUUUUUGACAGUAUGCGCAGAUGUAUUUCUAUUCUAUUGGUCUGUUUGGACACGAGUUAACUUGAACCAGAACAAAAAAGAAAAGGUGAUAUCAUUUGUAAAGUGACAUUGUACUCUGAGCUAACUAGUCCCAUUUCUAUUCUGUACAUUUAGGUUGAACCUUGGAUCAGAUCAUAUAUAAAAUGUGUAAAUCAUA